AUGGGGGAAAUGGAAGUAGCAGGGAUUCGCUGGAAGCUGCAUCGAUAUGCAGUCAAUGUAAAUGCAGAAAAUGCAAAGUAUUCAAGAUUCAACUUCCACAACUCCCUCCUCCCCCACCCCGACGACGACUUCUUCGAGAGGGGACUCCUGCGUGAAGCCAGCCAGCUCCUCCGGCUUUCCCGAGCCGCGGGAUUCCGAACAGAGUUUACCCUUGGAAAUGCAGGAGGAGGAGGAGGACUAGAAAAAAUAAAAUGUUUGACCGAUAUCAACGACGACCCGCAACAUCAAUUACUGGCCAUGAAAGAGUUCUACGAAGAGAAGAUCCAGCAACUCGAAGACGGACAUCGACAAGAGGUUCAGAAACUCGAGAACAAGAAUUCUCGUUUGUUGGCGGCACUGCAGGACAAAAACAAGUACCUCAGACAGGCCAAGAAGGACGCCAAAGCCAGGAAAGCGACCCCAUCGCAUCCUGAAACACUGCAGGCGGCCGAUAACGAAGAGCUGGUUCUCGGCCUCAAGACGGAGAUGGAAAGACUCGCCCAGGAGAACAGCGAACUGAGGAGGCAGAGAGAGCAGGAGCACGACCGGUACGAAGAGACAAUUCUCUGUCUGAAGAGCGAGAUGCAGAUCUUGGCUGAUGACAAUCACAGAGCGAAGAGAGAAAUGGAAGACCGGCAAAGCGUUCUCGUGGAUGAACUGAGUCGUAUCCAAGAAGGAAAUGUGGAAAAAGAUAAGAAGAUCGACCUCCUCGAGAAGAAACUGCAUCUCCUCCAAGACGACAAUGGCCGACAUCUGGAAAAGAAACAACGAGAGGAGACUCAGGCUCUCGAGAACAAGUGCUCCCGUUUGUUGAAGGCAAUCCAGGACAAAAACACCUACCUGAGAAAGGCUAAGAAGGACAUCCAGAAAUUGAAGAGAGACAUUGACGAGAAGCAAGUUGUUCUCAUGGAGGAGCUAAAUCGUCUCCAGAUUGAAAACAGGGAAAAGGAGAUGAAACUUGAUAUCCUUCUGAAUCUUCUCCAGAAUGGAGACGAUGAAAAGGAGAUAAAGAUUGAUCUCCUUGAGAAGGAAAUGAAUCGUCUCCAGAGUGGCAACAAUGAAAAGGAGAUGAAGAUUGAUCUCCUUGAGAAGGAAAGGAAUCGUCUUCAGAGUGGAAAUGAUGAAAAGGAGAUGAAGAUUGAUCUCCUUGAGAAAGAAUUGAGUCGUCUUCAGAAUGGAAACGACGAAAAGGAGAUGAAGAUUGCUCUCCUUGAAAAAGAGAAGAUGGAGGAAAGCAGAAAAGUGGUGCUUCUGGAAGCAACUGUAGCAAAUCUGGAGCACCACUUAGAGACACUGGUGAGGAGCAUGCAGACGCAGGAGAGAGAAUGCGUGGCCAUGGAAGAAGAAAUAGUUGGCCUGAAAGAAGACGUAGCGAGAAUGGAGGAAGAAAAGAGGCAACUGGAGAGCUCUCUGGCCUCAUCUCGUUUGGAAUUGGACAAACUAUUGACCCAGUGGAAAGGUCCAGCUGCCAAUCCCAAUGAAGAGGAAGAGGAAGAGGACAGAGAACCUGCCCGUACAGCCAAGGAGAACCAAGAAGGAGCUAAUAUUGAAAAAGGCACACCAUUAUAUAAAAGACUGUUGGGCGAAAUAAGAAAUUUGAAAGGAGGACAGAAGCUACUCAGGAAACAGUUGCUCGAAGGACAGGAAAAAUACGAGGAACUGGAGAGUAUUGUACUCAGCCUCCAAAACAAAGGAGUAAAGAGAAGGGACUGGUUCCAAAAGGAAAUUGAUAGUUUCUCAAGCUGCGAGAGCAAAAGUCGAAGAUUGGACAAGCUCCCUAGGCCUGAUAGUAUAUCCUGCGAAUGCGGACCCACUUGUGAAGCACAAAACAUUGAGAUUGAGCACACAAUAAUGGCGAGGGAAGGAGACACUUUCUUUAUGGUGAAGAAGAGACGAGAAGGACCUGACCUGAGAAAAAGGCAAGAAAAGGAGAUGAGAGACAAAAUACUUAAAGAAAAGUUAAUGGUGAGACUUAGAGAGGAGAUGAAAAAGAGGUUUAGAGAGAUGGAGGAGAGUCUUGAAGAGGAGAUACAGAAGAUAAUUAAAGAGGAGAUUGAGAAAGUAGACAGAGAGGUGAUUGAAAAGAUGAUUAAAGAGAAGAUCCAAGAGAUGUUUCCAGAGCCACUGAAAGAGGACAUAGAGGAGGUACCUGACAAGAAUAUAGAUGAAACACUUCAGGAGACACAUGUGGUACCUGGCAAGGAGAUAGAUGAGAUGCCUAAACAUGAUGUAGAGGUACCGGGCAAGGAGAUGGAAAUAAUGACAGAGGAGGAGACGAAAAAGAAGAAGAAAAAGAAGAUACUUAGGAAGAUAUGGAAGAUACUGAAAAUGCAGUGGAAGAGACUGAAGAUGUGUAGGAACGUAAGAAAAAGACAGAGGGAAGAGCGGGCUGAAAGGAGGGCGGAAAUCAAGAGGAAAUUAGCACUUGAGAAGUUCCUAAAAAAAUAUCGACCCUCAAGGACUGAAAGGAAAGGUAAAAAACAAGUGCAGACCACUCAGCUGCAGGCACUCAAGAAUGGAUGGUGGGCAACUUUUCAACGAAAAGUUGCCAUCAUCUUCUCAUGGUUCCCAUGA